GCGGGAGUUGGCGCGAAGGCGGGAGCAUGGAGCCGGGAGCGUCCCGCUAGGCACGGGGAGCGUCCCGCCGGGCACAGCGACCGCGCCGCCGCCGCCACCAUGGAUAUCCGGAAAUUCUUUGGUGUUAUACCUCCUGGAAAGCGACAAGAGUGUGAGACUGUGAAAAGGAGUGAAAAAAUUAGAAAUGGUGAAGGACCCUCAGGUGGGAAGAAAAGGGAAAAGGAGACUAAGGUGAAUAGUUCACCCAGUGAAGAUGAUUCCAAACAGAAGCGGACGAAAAAGAAGAGAAGAAUAAUCUAUGAUUCAGAUUCAGAAGAGGAGGUGCAGUCAGUGAAAAAAUCCAAGAAGUCACCUGAGAAAAAAGCAGCUGCUUCAAAACCUGGUAAAGUUCUAAAGCGGGAUCCUGUUGUUUAUAUUUCAGAGACAGAUGAAGAUGAUGAUUUUGCCAAUAAAAGAGUUUCCCUGAAACCGAAGGAGAACGGGACGUCAGGGGUUGGUUGUCCAGGAACAAAUAGUGUGAAAAAAGAGGAGGUAAAACCACAAGCUAAAAGCAAGCCCCUCUCUCCAGUGAAACAAACUCCCACCUCUGCACUUGAUUUCUUUGGGACAAGGAGUGUCCAACGCUCAGAAAAGAAGCUGGUAGCAAGUAAAAGGAAAGAGCUUUCACAGAGCAGAGACAGCACACUAGAUGAUGAGGCCAUUGCUAGGCAACUGCAGCUUGAAGAAGAUUCAGAGCUGGAGAGACAGCUGCAUGAUGAUGAAGAAUUUGCUAGAACUCUGGCCAUGUUGGAUGAAACACCACAGAAGAAAAAGGCUCGGAAAAACACAGAAGGAGAGCAAACAGGACAGAGCAUCAACAGCAGCCCUAAUGCAACAGCAGGGUCCAGGCAGUCAGAAAGAGUAAAAGCAACAGACUCAGCUGGUGCAGCCAUGAAUUACUCUGCGAAGCCACAAACUAAAUCUGAACAGUUGAAAGGUUCUUGUUUACCCCCACAAUCAUCUAAUGGUAGAAAAGAAGAGAUUGCUGAAAAGGAAAGAGGUGCUCAAAAUUCACUAUCAAGAGGAAAAGCAGCUUCAGGGAAAGAAGAGAAGACAACACCAAAGAAGGAGAAAGUUUCUCCCAAGAAGACUGAGUCUAUAAGUCCUGAGGACUCUGAAAAGAAGCGAAACAAUUACCAAGCUUACCGAAGCUUCCUUAAUCGUGAGGGUCCCAAAGCACUGGGCUCCAAAGAGAUACCUCAGGGAGCUGAGAACUGCUUGGAGGGGCUGACAUUUGUAAUUACGGGAGUUCUGGAGUGCAUUGAGAGGGAUGAGGCCAAGUCUCUGAUUGAGCGUUACGGGGGAAAGGUGACCGGCAAUGUCAGCAAGAAGACAAAUUACCUGGUGAUGGGCCGGGACUGCGGCCAGGCCAAGUGUGAGAAGGCAUCAGCUUUAGGAACAAAAAUUAUUGAUGAGGAUGGUCUGUUUGAUCUUAUUCGAACUAUGCCAGGCAAAAAGUCAAAAUACGAGCUGGCAGCUGAAACAGAGGCAAAGAAAGUGGAGACAAAACCCAAAAAGACACCAGAGAAAGCUGAGGCUGGGAAAAGGAAUUUUAGCCCCUACAAAAGGGAAGCUAAUAAUAAAAAAUACAAGUCUACUCCUGAAAAAGGAGAAACCAUCAGAUCUGUCAAGAAAGAAACCACUGCUGUUCGAAAACUUACGGACUUCAAACGUCAGACUGUAGAGGAGAAAGAAGCCCCAAAACCUAAGGGGAACUUGGUUUCUGAGGUUAAUGAAGAUGGCACAGAGAAAUUGCUGUGGGUGGAUAAAUAUAAGCCUGUAUCUCUUAAGGCAAUUAUUGGACAGCAGGGUGAGCAGAGCUGUGCCAAUAAACUGCUCCGAUGGCUCAGAAACUGGCACAAGAACACCUUGGAAGAUGGACAAGCAAAACCCAGUAAAACUGGAAGCAAAGAUGAUGGGUCAGGCUUUAAAGCAGCAUUACUUUCUGGUCCACCUGGAGUUGGUAAAACUACUACAGCUGCUUUGGUUUGUAAGGAGCUGGGGUAUAGCUACGUGGAGCUGAAUGCCAGCGACACUCGCAGCAAGAACAGUCUGAAGGAAGUGGUUGCUGAGUCACUGAACAACACCAGCAUCAAAGACUUCUGUUCUGGUGCAUCUUCAUCAGUUAGCGGGAAGCAUGUAUUGAUCAUGGAUGAAGUGGAUGGUAUGGCAGGCAAUGAAGACAGAGGAGGGAUUCAGGAGCUGAUUGCUUUGAUCCGGCACACGAAGGUUCCCAUCAUUUGCAUGUGCAACGAUCGCAACCACCCCAAGAUGCGCUCCUUGGUGCACUACUGCUUGGACCUUCGUUUUCAGAGACCUCGGCUGGAGCAGAUCAAAGGUGCCAUGAUGUCUAUUGCAUUUAAAGAAGGUUUAAAAAUUCCCCCACCUGCUAUGCAAGAGAUAAUCCUGGCAGCAAAUCAGGACAUCAGACAGGUUUUACAUAAUCUUAAUAUGUGGUGUGCAAAAGACAAAUCACUGACUUAUGAUGAGGCUAAAACAGAUGCCAGCAGAGCCAAAAAAGACAUCAAACUGGGCCCCUUUGAUGUGGUCCGGAAGGUUUUUGCUACUGGAGAAGAGGCUGCCCGUAUGUCUCUUAUAGACAAAUCAGAUCUUUUCUUCCAUGAUUAUUCACUAGCACCUCUCUUUGUCCAAGAGAACUAUGUGCAUGUGAAACCAGCUGCUGCUGGAGGUAAUUUAAAAAAGCACUUGGUGCUGUUGAGUAGAGCAGCUGAUAGUAUCUGUGAUGGUGAUAUAGUGGACAGACAGAUUCGUAGCAAGCAGAACUGGAAUCUUCUUCCAACACAGGCUAUUUAUGCAAGUGUUCUCCCAGGGGAGCUGAUGAGGGGUUACAUGUCCCAGUUUCCUGUCUUUCCCAGCUGGCUGGGGAAAUUUUCAUCCACAGGCAAACAUGAUCGUAUCAUUCAAGAACUGGCAAUGCACAUGAGUCUCAGAACUCAGACAUGUAAGAGGACAGUAAAUAUGGAAUACUUGUCGCAUUUGCGGGAUGCACUUGUCCAGCCCUUGAGAGACUUUGGAGCAGAUGGUGUACAGCAAGCUAUAACAUUUAUGGACUCCUACUGCUUGAUGAAAGAAGAUGUUGAAAAUAUCAUGGAAAUAAGCACGUGGGGAAGCAAACCCAGUCCUUUUUCAAAGCUGGAUCCCAAGGUGAAAGCAGCUUUCACACGUGCCUACAACAAAGAGGCACACCUGACUCCAUACUCACUCAGUGCUGCCAAGGCAUCCAAAAGGCAGUCAGCCUCUGCAGCGACCUUAGAGCUCAGUGAGGACUUGGCUGUGGAAGAGAUCCAGUCUGAUGAGGAUGAGCAGGACACGGUUGACAGUGAUGCAAUGAUUAAGCAAAAAAAGGUGAAGUCUUCCAAGCUGCCAAAAAGAGAGAAAAAUGAAGAAACAACAAAAAAAGAAGGGAAGAGAAAAGAGAAAACAAGGCAUUUAGAGUAAAACCUUGCUUUGGACACAGCUUUGCAUAUAUAACUUCUGCCAGAAACAUGAAAUUGAUGCAGUGCUGCUGCUGGGAAAGCAGAACCAGUGCGUUGAAAAUGCUCCUCUUAUAGAGGUGCUGUAGCUCUUGUGCUCUCACCCUGCUGUGCUUACUCCUGACAUGGUACAUGUUACAAGCUAAACUUCCUUGUGCAACGACACCAGGUGCAUGAACAUGCUGAAAAUGUCAUGCUCAGUUACCUGGCAUUUCUGCUGAGUCUUCCUAGGACUUCACUGCUUUUUUUUUUAAUAUAAAUCCCCUGACAUUACGUGGUGAAGUCUUGUAAAUAGUACAUGAUGCAAAAACUCCCAUACAUAAAUGGCUUAUUUGUACAUUACAGAAAUUAAGCAGUAUAUAAAAUUACAAUAAAAUGUUUCACAGGAUUAUUUUAAAGCUUUGGUUAAGUUCAUGGAGUGUUCUGUCCUGUUUCCCUCCUUUAUUCCACACUUUUGGUUUUCCUUUACAUACAUGAUGUGGCAUUCCUCUUUUCCUACAACUUCCUUUUUGUUCAGUUAGAGACACAGAAAAACAGUGAGGGAUUUACUUCCAAAAGUCUGUACUUGAAUAAGUUAUAUCUUUAAUCAAAACCAGAAAGGAAUAUUUAAAGAGUGAAAAAUGUUUAAUUGAAAAUAUUCAUAACAGUUCAGA